GGGCAGAGUGAGUGAGUGACAGGGUGUUUCCUGUUUUUGUAUUUGACGCCAUUUUGUUGCUUAAAUCAUCAACAUAGAGUGAAUUGGCUUGCAGCGGUGAGAAUGUUUGUAAAGAAAAGUUUGUUCUGAUGUAGUUUGAGGCUGGUUCUAGCAGUGAGGAUACUCCACUGGCUCCUCAAACCCUUUCCUCUUUGUUCCCUUCUCUGUAGAGUCCCCUGCGCUGGAGGGGUGGGGGGGGUCUGCAGGUGAUGAGUUCUGUACCUAUUGCCUGUCCCACUAGCCCCUCUCCUUGCUUGGGAUCAGGGCUCAACAACCUCUGCCCAUCAGGUUGUGUGGGCACCUCGUUUACAAUCCAGUUAGGGCUCACCAGGGAAUCUGUGCUACUCCCUAUCAGCACGGAUAACAGCUUGGCCAGAGUCAAAGAACUCGCUUGCUCUAUCGUGGACCAGAAGUUCCCAGAAUGUGGCUUUUACGGGCUGUACGACAACAUCCUCCUGUUCAGGCACAAUGUGAAUUGCGACAACAUCCUCGAGCUGGUGAAAUCGGAGAGCGACAUCCAGGAAGGUGACCUAAUCGAAGUCGUCUUGUCAGGUGCUGCAACCUUCGAGGAUUUCCAGAUUCGGCCACAUGCCUUGAACGUGCACUCCUACCGCGCCCCUGCAUUCUGUGAUCACUGCGGAGAGAUGCUCUUUGGGCUGGUGAGACAGGGACUGAAGUGCGAUGGGUGCGGACUGAACUAUCACAAGAGAUGUGCCUUCAGUAUUCCCAAUAACUGCAGUGGAGCCAGGAAGAGAAGGUUGUCCAACACCUCACUCUCUGGGUCCAUUACGUCGCGGUUGUCGGUUACAGAGCUGUUACCAGCAUCACCCAGUGAUGGACACUCGAAGAACCUGGCGGAAAUGCUGUCACUCAAGGAGAAGCGUCUGAAUUUGGGCACCCACGUGGGGCGACCGAUUGAGCUGGACAAGAUCUUCCUGACCAAGGUCAAGGUCCCUCACACAUUUGCUGUGCACUCCUAUACCAGACCCACGGUCUGCCAGUACUGCAAGAAACUACUCAAAGGCCUCUUCCGACAGGGGCUUCAGUGUAAAGACUGCAAGUUCAACUGUCACAAGAGGUGCGUCGAGAGAGUGCCCAAUGACUGUUUGGGAGAAUCCAGCAUUAACGGAGACCUGCUCAGCCCGGGCGUCGAUGUGGACGUAAACAUGGAGGAUGUGAGUGAGGACGGGGACAAGACCAUAACGGCGGACGAUUCCGACGAAACACCAACCAGCUCCGGCAACGCGGAGAACGGUUUUCCAGGAGACGAUGACCCCAACAGAAUGCUAAGUGACCCCAUGGCCUCCAACAUUCCUCUGAUGCGGGUGGUGCAGUCUGUGAAACAGACCAAACGGAAAUCGAGUCUGACUGUGAAGGAGGGCUGGCUGGUGCACUACAGUAACCGGGACGCUCUGAGGAAGAGGCACUACUGGAGACUGGAUUGCAAAUGCAUCACCCUUUUUCACAAUGACACGGGCAACAAGUAUUACAAGGAGAUCCCGCUCUCAGAGGUGCUGUCUGUGGAACCAGCAGACAAUGUCGGCUCCAUUGCCCACGGAGGGAAUCCGCCCUGCUUUGAGAUCCGAACCAGCAGCGUGAUCUACUUCGUCGGUGAGAGACCCCCGACCGUCCUGCAGCCAAACUCCGGGAGCCUGAGCGGCCUGGCAGGGCUCGAGGAGGCCAAGGCGUGGGAGAAUGCCAUCCGGCAAGCCUUGAAGCCAGUCAUCUUCCAGGAUACGGCCAAUGCCCAGGGACACGCACCACGCAGACAAGCUUCUGUCACCUUCUCCAUGGCCAACAGCCAAAUCCAGGAGAACGUGGACAUUGCCACCGUCUACCAGAUCUUCGCAGAUGAGGUUCUUGGAUCGGGACAGUUUGGUAUAGUUUAUGGAGGCAAGCACCGAGAGACCAGCCGGGACGUGGCCAUCAAGGUGAUCGACAAGCUGCGGUUCCCGACAAAGCAGGAGAGUCAGCUCCGCAAUGAGGUGGCCAUCCUCCAGGGCCUGUGUCACUCCGGAGUGGUCAACCUGGAAUGCAUGUUCGAGACGCCCGAGAAGGUCUUCGUCGUCAUGGAGAAACUCCACGGUGACAUGCUGGAGAUGAUCCUGUCCAGCGAGAAGGGGCGACUGCCAGAGAGGAUCACCAAGUUCAUGAUCACACAGAUCUUGGUCGCGCUCCGCCAUCUCCACUUCAAGAACAUCGUACACUGCGACCUCAAGCCGGAGAAUGUGCUUCUGGCAUCAGCUGACCCCUUUCCUCAGGUGAAGCUCUGUGACUUUGGAUUUGCUCGCAUCAUUGGGGAGAAGUCAUUCCGGCGCUCCGUGGUUGGGACACCGGCCUACCUGGCGCCCGAAGUCCUGUUGAACAAAGGCUACAACCGCUCGCUGGACAUGUGGUCUGUGGGGGUGAUUAUGUACGUCAGCCUCAGUGGCACCUUCCCCUUCAACGAGGAUGAGGAUAUCAACGACCAGAUCCAGAACGCUGCCUUCAUGUAUCCCCCCAACCCCUGGAAGGAGAUCUCACAGGAAGGCAUUGACCUCAUCAACAACCUGCUGCAGGUGAAAAUGAGGAAGCGAUACAGUGUGGACAAGUCCUUGAGUCACCCCUUCCUGCAGGACCACCAGACGUGGCUGGAUCUGCGCGAGCUCGAAUGCAAGAUGGGGGAGAGGUACCUGACUCACGAGAGCGACGACUCGCGCUGGGAAACGUUCGCCCAGACUCGCGCCUUGCAGUACCUGCCCCACAAGGCCAAUCGACUGCCCCCCACAGCUAGCUUCAAAGAAGACGACAUUCAGGGACUCAGUGAGAGGGUCAGCGUCCUCUAAACACCGUCCGACCACCUGGGAAAUGUAUUCUCCCCUACUUCACACCUGAGAAACCAGUCACAGAUCGAAGACAGUAUCGUGUCUCGAUGAUCAAAACCUCACUCCUGACAGAGGCGACUGGAUCUGGACAAGUGCACGUUCCUCCUGCCAUAAUUUUAGGACACGGGACUUUUAUCUGUCUGUUCCUGAGUGGGCGAGAAUGUAUCGUGGCGAAUGUACAGACACACCACCAGAUUUCUCAAGCAGGCAGUCAUAUGUGGCUGUAGAAAUCUGAGCUCUUCCCAUCUCAGCGCUGGGGAUAAGAUCUCUCCUGGCAGUUGAGUUGCAGAAUGAUACAUCCUCAGAAAGUGGCCAUAAGCUAUUUGGUUUUGGCUUUUUUUACAUAAAUUAUAGUUUGUAAAAGCAAAAAAUCUUCCUUGCUUUUUCCUUCCACUGCAGCUCCCUACCAACACUUGCCUGAAUCUAAACGGUGCGUGCACCAGCUCAUUGACGACAGUGUGCCUCACACAGCCCAGCUGUACCCUAAUGUCUGCACAGGUCACUCCUUCAGCAGGUUUUGGUGGGUUGCAGUGGUCGGGAGGGGGAGGGAGAACAUGUUACAUUUUUUUUUGUCCUGCACCCCCUCCCCCACUCCCCUCCCUACCCAGGCUGUUGCUGGGACCAAUCGGUGAGCUCUAAUGGGGCACCUCAUGUGGGCAUUGACUGAUGGGUGAGUUGGGAGCAGCGCAAGGGCAGGUAGCCUCCAUUUUGACAGAGCUUGCCCUGGCCGUUGACAUCAAGGUGCAACCAUUCUGUGUGUGAGAGAAGGAAGGGUUGUUUGUGGGAGGUGUAGGAAGGGAAGUGGGUGUCCUUGGGCACAUGCAACAAUGGUGAAAUCUCCCUGAAACUGAUUGGAACGGGAUAGAGAGGUAGUGGUGAGAGCGGGACAGUUCGUAGUACACAGUAGAUGUUACAGUGUAGUGGUGAGAGCGGGGCAGUUCGUAGUACACAGUUCUUAGGACACUAGGAUGCCUUAGAAACUCCACAACCACAAGGGGGAGUGUUCCCACUGUACACCUGCCGAUAGUUUUCUGAGGACUUUCUAUAUUUAUAUCUUGCUGUACAAACCUGAGAUACAAAAACAAGUUCAGCUCUUUUUUGCUACCAGUAGCUUUGGGGGUUUGAUGACCUGUGAUUACUUGAUGUGGCUCUCCAAGGUGAAUUUGUGCAUGGCUCUUUUAUUUAUUUGGGAAGGGGCUGGUUGGUAUUUGGGUACGAGGCAGCGUUGCACAACAGCUGGUGAGAGUUGCGGGUCACUCUCCCGGACAAGUUGACCCAGAACAAAAGCUCUGGCCAUUUGCUCUCCUUGGAACGUAUCAUUCAAGGACGUCCUGAAUUCUGGUCAGACCCCACCUGUUACGUGAGGCUUAAUAGGUCGCACCCUUGCCUCUUAGAAACCAAAGGAUGGGGAUUCCAAUCGCACUCCAGCCCAGUGGCUCAGCAGGUAGAGCCACUGCCUCCUGGUGCCAGAGACCCGGGUUCAAUCCCGACCUCCGGCACUGUCUGUGUGGAGUGGGAUCCCCCUGCCCCCUGGUGCUCUGGUUUUCCUCCCACGUCCCAAAGGUGUGUGGGCUGGUAGGUUAACUGGCUGCUGUAGAUUGCCCCUGAGGUGUAGGUGAGGGGUAGAAUCUUGGUGGGGGAGGAGGGUGGUAGUUUUUUAAAAAAAAGGGAUUAAUGCCAGUAGGUAGUUGAUUGUGGGCCGAAUAGCCUGUUUCUGUGCUAUCUCUCUAUGACAGGCUUGGUGCUCCCCAUAAGAAUACUAAGGGAGUUCUGCUCAGUCAGAGAUGCCAUCUUUCACAUGGGACAUUAAACCCAAGACCCCAUCAGUUCCGAUGAAGGGUCUCAACCCAGAACAUCGACCAUCCUCCUGCCUUCACAGAUGCUGCCUGACCCGCUGAGUUCCUCCAGCAGUUAAUGUUUUGCUCUGAAUUUCCAGCACCUGCAGUCUCUUGUGUCCCUUGUCCAUUCUCUUAGGUGGAGAUUAAGGAUCCCAUGGUACCAUUUUGAAGAAAGGCAGUGGAACCAGCCCUACCACCCUUAACCCUCAACCAUCAGCUCAUCAUUUAGCUGUUUGUGGGAACUUGCUGUGCAUAAAUUGGCCGCUGCGUUCCAACACAAGUGAUUACACUCAAAAGCGUACUUUGGUGCUUGAGGUCAAGAAUGAAUGAAUGUUUGCUCUUUUGUUAAGUGAUGGGAGAGCAGGCAAGGUGAACAGAUGAAUGUUAUGGGAUUCCUGGUGCAGGCAGUCCUCUGGUUACAGAUGUCCAACUUACCGACACCUGUACAUACAAACGAGCUCCCAUGAUGUAAUUAAAUUCAAUAGUAUGAUGUCCAUACAUAUGGAUGGUAGAACUAGUUUCCUCUCUCUCCACGUUUAGUAAUUGUUCUUUCUUAUCAGUGUAAUGUGCUUUUGAUGCCAUUUAUUACAACACUGUGGAGGUAUGGUUACCACAUUGAGUGAUUUUUGUGUAUUUUCUGACUUACGGAUAAAAUCGACUUGUGGAUGUCUGUGAAAUUGAAGCCCGUUCAUUACCACAGGGCAGCCUGUAGGUGUGAGAGCACAAGACACCCCACACACCCCUUCCUUCCCAUGCUCAGUGGCUCAAGCUGCUAAUCAGAACCUCUCCCAAGUGGCUUUUGCUCUUGAGUGUCCAGAUGGUGAGAUUCAGCAGACUAUUUGACUGUGGCAGGCAUCGCAGUUCAUCUUGGCCAUGAAAGCUUGAGAAUAUUUUGGCAGAGGGUUAUAGGAGAGCCGGCAGAGCAGGAAACCCAGAUGGUUUCCCACACCCCACUCCAAAAUGUGGGGAGGGGAAGGGGUCAGUAUAAAUGGUAGCAAAAACCUGCUGUUGGUGCCUUCACUAGAAGAUUGCACAUGAUAGAUCUGUUACUUUUGUGUGUGUGUGUCGUCUGUGUGUUUGCCUGUUUCCUCUGUGUGUGUGUGUGUGUGUGUGUGUGUGUGUGUGUGUGUGUGUGUGUGCAUAACUCUUGUUUAUAAAUCUCCAUCUGAGUGUGUGUGUCUUUAUUUCUGUGUUUGGGAGUUUCCUCUGUGUGUGUGUGUGUGUGUGUGUGUGUGUGUGUGUGUGUACACGCAUAACUCUUGUUUCCAAAUUUCUCUGUGUGUGUGUAGGUCUCAGUCCAUAUCGACCUCUGUAUCUCAUCAGCUUCUGUCUGCUGAGUCUCUGGGUGUCUUUCAGAUUUUUUUUAUUUGUAGAAAAAAUUACCUUGACCUGUUUAAUAAAGAGAAGUUUGAACACGUG